AUGGCAACCUCUGCUGAGAAGCCUAUCAAAACUGGGGAUGCUAUUGCAAGUCAUUUGGCGCCACGAAAAUUCAAAGCAUCUGAUCUUCCGCUGUCUUCGGCAACGCGAGCUGCAAUAGAGUCUCUGAAACACAGUUUCAAGAAGGGCGGUGCCUACGACUCCAUCCGAAAGCAAGUCUGGGAUAAAUUCGGAGCCAGUGAUUGCGAGGCCAUAGUCAAACAGGCGAUCCUCGAGGUAGCGGAGAAGGAGGUCGACCGCAAUCCGCAGCAACUCCUAACCCUUGAUCCACGAAAGGCGAGCGCCCUGAUCGAUGGUGCGCUGGAACGAUCUGGUGUCUACCAAAAGGCUGAAGGCAUCAUUGCUAAACUGAUCGACGUCGACGCCAUCGAGGAGCGCAUUCGCGAGAUUCGACGAGCUGAGAUUGGCGAAGAGGCUGCCGAGGCAGAGCGCAUCCGUGGCGCAAAAACCGACGAAGAGUACGCUGCGGAUACAGUGGCACGGCAGGCAGAACGUGAACGAGUGCGUGAAGAAUUGCGCCUCAAAGAGGCCGCCAUUGAAGAAGAGAAGCGCCGCAUUAAGCAGGAGGAACAGAAGAAGGAGGAGCGGGAACGGGCACAAGCUGAACUCAAGCGCCAGGCAGAAAGAGACGAGCGCCGCAGAAAGCGAGAAGAGGAACGAGCCGAGAGAGAACGGCUUCGAGAUUUGGAGCGAGAAAAGAGGCACAAGGAGCGUGAGCUUCGUGAGAAGGAGAGAGAGCAACGAGAUCGCGAGCGCUCUGGGGAUCGAUCCCGGCACCGAUCCCGAAACCGGUCAAGAGACCGAUCCAGAGACAGAUCCAGAGACCGAUCCAGAGACCGUUCCAGAGACCGUUCCAGGGAUCAAGAUAGGGACAAGGACAGAGGACGGGAUCGGUCGAGGGAUCGCCGGCGCGAUAGGUCCAAGACCAAAGAAACAGCACCAGAUCAAAAGAUGUCCAAGGAAGACAACGAAAGGCUGGAACAGGAGGCGCUAGCAGACCUUUUACGGGAAAGCUCCCGAUCUGACCACGCAAAGCCUGAGCUUGAAGUUGAUGCCGCGCUAGCACCGCCCCCUCGAAAGAGCGCCCCUGCAUCCGCAAUCAAUCCCAUAAAGCGCGACGCUCGCAAGACCAGUGAAAAUGGUUCUAGAAGCGAGAGACGAGACUCUCGAACAGCUGGAGAUUCAAAGUUGACCAGUUCACGUGACGAAAAGAGAUCAAGCCGCAGCGCGUCUCGGGCUGGGGACAGGGAUCGUGAGAAGCACAGGGAGAAGAGUCGUCAGCGUGAGGAUAGUCGCCGACGGGACAGACGUUCCCAAUCCCCCAGGCGAGAAAGAAGCCGAUCUCGUGACCGGGACAGGCGCGAGAGAAGUCGAUCAAAACUGCGACGGGAUAGGACCCGGUCUCGGCCGAGGAGAGACGAGCGUCGUGAGCGAAGUCGCUCACGGGACCGUGCCGAUCGGCGUAGGAGUCGGUCGCGACGAAGAGAACGCACCCGAUCCCCCGCACGAUCUGAACGACGUGAGCGGAGUCGGUCCCGCACAAGGACAGACCGUAGGGACCGAAGCCGUGAGCGAGACCGAUCCCGCACGCCAGUCCGCACAGAAAGGCGCAGGAGUCGGUCUCGAAGACGCGAGCGGAGUCGGUCAAGGGACAGUCGCCGCGGCGUAGCAGAUCGAUACGAUCACUAUGAUCCUCGGGCGUCAGCCCGCUCUCCGCGACGGCGCAGCGGGGAGCGAGCUCGUGACAGGGACAGGGACCGCGAUAGAGACGCGGACCGGGACAAACCCCGAGACCGUGAUCGUGACAGAAGGAGCCGCUCCCGCUCCCGCCCCGGCACAUCUGUCGUCCGCACAGCCUCCGCCGCCCGCGAAGAACACGAAGAGUGGAAACUAGAAGAGGUGCGGAAACGGGAGAAGGAAGCCAAGGCUUACCUGGCGGCUCAGAAGGACGCCAAAGCCAAGGGUCUCCCCAUCCCCGGUGUAGACGACAAGAAGACUGGUGAGUGCGCUGCAUGCAUAUGUACCAACCGCAACUCUAACUCUUUUCCCGUUUCAGCCCGUGACGACCGGCGCAGAAGCAGAUCGAGGAGCCACAGUCGCGAUAGGACCAGAUACCGCGACCGUGACCGCGACCGCGACCGCGACCGUGACCACGACCGUGAUCGUGGCCGCGAUAGGGAUAGGGAUAGGGAUAGGGAUAGAGGAAGGGAUAGGGACAGAGACAGAGAGAGGAGUCACGCAGACGAGAUCGCAGUCUCUCUCCUCGACGAGAACGGAGGCGCAGCCGCUCGACUAGUCGGCGUCGACGAAGCAGGAGCCGCUGAUCGGAGGAUGUAUUAA